ACCGGCACUGUCCUUUCUCGCAUCCCAACAGCAGACGCUUACCAGAAGCCAUCCUCUUACCGCUGUAGUACGAAGUUGAAGUUUUGUCGCACCUUUCUCACACUCAAGCUAUCACCAAUCGAUAAUAAUUAUAGAGGGUGGCAAUAGACUUCUCACCACAGGUUACCCGAAUGAAUUCCAGAACCCAAACGACCCUGGAUUCUGGAAGAUGGCAUAAAUAUCCCGUGCCAAGCCAAUUGCGGAGGCAUUCAGUCAUAUUGUUUCGUGACAGGUGAGACCGGUCACAGAUGCUUUUGCUGAGUGGUGGAUAUAAACAAGCAUCGUGGUAUUGCCGUGAACCUUUCCCCUUUGCUCCUCAUGGUACCAUCCGCGUCUUCCAUCUACAGCUCUUGGUCGAACGACGAUCAGGAUGUUGGGUCCGCGAGUUCCUGGGAGGCAGAGUCAGCUACUCACGCCGCGUCUUUCAACGCAACACCGCAUGAAACCGCGUCUCCACUGGUCCCUUUGCGCUCUUCAUCGAUAUCUGGGCAGGAGACGCCAUAUGAGUCAUACGCGGCUUCUACAACGCGUUCCUCAGUGGCGAACAUGCAUGCUCCGUCGAUGCUGAAGCCCAAUGCUCCCCUCAGUCCACUUAGACGCUCCAUGACAAUUUCCGAGUCAGAUGUUUCGUCAGACGCAAUACAAGAAUACCCUAGAUUAAUGUCGCCAGCGAAAGCCUUUCCUUCGUCGCCACUAAAUCCUUCUUCAACGUCGCCCGCUUCUGAAUCAAGAUCAUCGACACCUUCACCACCUGUUGGUCCUCGUUAUAUUCGACCCUCCUCGUCAACAACGCAGCUGCUUGGCCGGGUACCCUCAGAAGAGUCUAGAGUACUCUCCACGUCUCGCAAUUCCCGGGGGUCAAUGAUUCUAUAUCACAUAUCCGUGCCUGGUGACGACGCUUUCAAACUAGACCCCCCUCCCUCCCUUCGACAUCUCAUGUCAUCGGAGUCUUCCCGUGAUUCAAUGAUGUCUAUAUCAUCAGAUUCCAAAUACCCAUCUCUGCUCAGCGAGCACGGCUUGGUGCCGUACGCGUUUGACCCGAACGAGGAUGAGGGAGGAUUCGACAAGGAGGACGCUGACCUAGACGCCCGGAGCAGUGAGCAGAGAUUGUCGUGGAGAGGGCUGGUGAAUAUGGUCGCGUUAAUUGCGAUGCUCCUAUGCAUCCUCGGGCUGUUCGUGAUAUAUCCGGUGACGGGUUAUUUGCGCGAUGAUGGGAAAAGUCAGAAAAUCGUGGAGAAUAAGUGGAUCAAUGCGACGGGGCAGGCGAUUCUGGGGUCUCCGGCAUAGCGACGCCGCCUUCGUGUCUUAAGGUCAGUGUUUGUGAGACUUCAAAGGCGUGAAAUCUAUUUUUUUAUCAACAUGACUUUUGAUUUCCCCUUUUUCUCGUAUUCGAUAUUCGACUAUAGCCUCUGUCGUGCAUUGUAGAUCUGGUUUUUGCUCCAUAACAAUCGUUGCAUCAUGUGUAUCAACUAUACUUCUGCUCUUCUUCGUUCAGAUCCUUCGUUUUUCCUCGCACAAUAGUUCUUCAGGUCUAUUAUUAUCUCUAUUCAAUUACAUGUAUGUUUCGCUUUGACGUGAGAUAAACACGGAGAAUCCAGAAAUUUAGGACUUC